AUGGUGUCUGAAAAAGCGAGUGGUUUAGAGCUUCUGUUACUGUUAAAAAUGAACUUGGUCCAUAGACACAGGCUACAGUUAGUUGGAGCUUUGGCUGUACUAGGAUGGAUUUUAACUGCUACCUGUAACUUUUUACCAGACUGGAAAAAUCUCAGUUUAGACUUAAGUGUACUGGAGCUUUGGACCUGGCAAAUCUGUAUACUCCAAUGUGUAGGAGGGACACAGUGUGAAGGUUUUGAUUCUUUCCUAGCUUUGCCUCUAGAAUUCAAGAUUUCCAGGAUUUUAAUUACAUCACAUGGACUAGGACUUCUGAGCCAUGUGAUCUCUGGUCGUGGCUCAGACUGCCUAAAGGUGGAGGAUACAGAGCAGACAGUACAGAAACAGCUGUUAGUACCUGGAGGACUACUCCUGUGGAUGGCUGGAGUUCUGGCCUUAGUCCCUGUUUCUUGGGUUGUCCCUAAUAUAAUGCAAGAAUUUUGGGAUGAAGACAUCCCAGGGGAUGCACUGCUCAGUGGUUGGUUUGGUGGCUUCUUUAUAAUUCUAGAGAUCUCUCUACUCCUCUCCACAACCCACUUAUCGUCUGGCCAUCAGUUUCCAGAGCAAGUAUGCAAUGCCAGGUCUCCAAGACACCCAGCAACAUCUGGAAACGGAAGACUUUAA